AUGUUAACAUAUGGUGUGAAACUGUUCAAAUACAAGAACCUAUUUCUGAUAUUUGGCUGUCUGUUGAUAGCUGUUUGCUCAUUUCUCUUCUUAGUGAAACUGAAAGGUAAUCCUUUAAAAUAAUGUUAUACAUGGUGUUUCAAAGUGAACCUUUAGAAAAUCACCUUAUUGUUUAAUUUGAAUGUUUGAGUCUUAUACUGAGCCCGUGGAUGCUUAAAUACAAUUGAAUCGCAUUUUGUGCAUGGGAAGUUAUUUAAAAGUUUUUGCUAUCGUUCAACAUAUUAAUAUGAUUAUGUGUUGAUUUUAUUGAUAUUUAUUGCUAUACUUAAGUGCAAAUAAACUGUCCUCCCAGAUUGUUAACAUAUCACACCAUAUAACCCCAAUGUUACCAUCCAACAAAUUGAUUACUCAUAUUUUUGAAAAUAUUAUCCAGUAAUUUCGCGCAACGCGUUCUCCAAGUAGACUGUAUUCUCAAAUGGAUUUAAUUAAAGGGGUAUGGCAAUAAAAAUUAACUUUGUCUUAUUUAAAAGAACUUUUAAAGUUAUAUAUGAAGACCCUUUAGUCCCUUUACAACUUUUUCGUACGUCGCUUGGUUGUCGAAAUAUUUUGACCAAAAAAUAGUGUGCAGUCCGCCAUCUUGAUAUUAACUGAGUUUUUGAUGACGUCACAAGCAGGGUAAACUUGUUAAAACUUCUUUAUGUGGGACUAAAUUUCUUCGAAACCUUUCUUAAAAUGUUGUGAGUUAAUUGAGUACUAAAAAGACUUCGGAAAAUCAAGUUUCAUGUUGAUAAUGACAUGUGGUUUGCAAGAUAACAGUUUCGCUUUUUUACCCUACUUGUGACGUAUGCAUAUUGAAUGCAUAUCCAAGAUGGCGGAAUGCACGCUGCUUUUGAUCAAAAUAAGUCGAUUUUAUUUCGAAAACCAAGCAAGAUACGGAAUAAUUGUAAAGGAAGUUUAUAUAUCAUUUGAAAUGUUCUUUCAAAUAAGAAAAACUUAAUUUAUAUUGCCAUACCCCUGUAAAUAGGAUCAUAUUUGGCUGUUGCUAAUCACAAUGAUGGACUAAAGUCAUUAUUUGUAUAGGUAAUCAUGCGAUGGCGAGUACAAUUAGAGAUUAAUAGUACGAGUGAUGUUUGGAAAAUUUGCCAAAAUUGGACGAGCCGCCGUGUUUAUUAUUAGCAUGACAAAAUUGGAUACGUACUUCUCAAUGUCAACAUCGUAUUCUCUCGCCAAAGCCCAUCAGUCCUGCCAGACUUUCAACCAAAAUUUGGUGCUUUUGUUUGUAUUUUCAUUUAGUUCUUUUGUUCAAGCAAAAUUUGGUGCUUUUGUUCGUAUUUUAUCUAGUUCCUUCACGGCAAUUUCAUUUCGCAAUUGUGUUUAAAGCCCCGUUUACACUACGCUCAAUUUUUGGUACGGUACGGAUAAAAUUGGUACCCGUACCACUUUUUUGGUUCUUGGACCACCUAUUUAGGUAGUCCAAGAACCAAAAAGUGGUACGGUACCAAAAAUUGAGCGUAGUAUAAACGGGGCUUGGCUAAAUAGGUAGUCCAAAAACCAAAAAAGUGGUACGGGUACCAAUUUUAUCCCUGCCGUACCAAAAAUUGAGCGUAGUGUAAACGGGGCUUAAAAUACCUUUCCGCCAUUUUGUUUGUUUUGAGAAAAUCAUUAAUUGUACUGCAGUACAAUUAAUGAAAUAAUGGAGUACUCCUCUCAACCAAUCAGCAUCCAGUAAUUUUGUCAUGCUAAUAAUAAAGAAAUUAAUAUCACAAUUGUUUUCACAAUUGUUGUCACAAUUGUUACGCCAAUCGUAAUCGUAAACCAAACUUGUAUUUAAUGCAACCAUAUCCAGGACAGUUACGAAUACUUUUACUGUCCAUAUAUGGUCAGAUAGGAGCAGCGUCAGUGUUUCCGUGAUACUUUUUUAAGUUUACGGUUGAACAACAACAGCGUAAGAAACGUCUGCGCAUGCGCAGGAACUUAAAAAUGGCGAACAAUUUAAAUUUCAUUAAUAAAACGUGGCCAAUUUCUGAUUACAGAUGGGAGAAACAAACAUGAAAAUACAGAUUAUAAUGAAAAUCAAGAAAAUUUUGGUAUUGUUGUGUGAUUGCCCUGUUUUCACUAUUAGGAUAUAAUGGCAAUCCUAUCCAUUCAUACUUUUGUAGGCGUUACAGUACAUACAUCGUCACCAGCUGCAGUUUUCAAGCCAUCAAAUAGUGUGACGUACCAUAAAGGUAACAUUGCUUCACACAUUGUGAGACCAAGCAUGCAGCAAUAAGAUAAUUAAUUAUCUUUUAUAUAUUGAUACCAAUUUCAAUAUUUUUUAUUGAUAUUUUUGCCACAGAAUCAAAACGACUUCAGAAAUUUUUGAAACACAGUCAAAACGACUUCAGAAACUUCAAAAUAGAGUUGCUCGAAUUAUCAUGAGUAUGAGCAACGAUAUAAAUCACACUAUUGCUUUGCAGACUUUCGGCUGGGAGCCACUUCAGUCAAUAAGAGAAAAGGCAAAAGCAAAACUAAUGUACAAAGUUUUGAAUAAAAUGGGUCCUGAGUCACUCACAGACCUUUUCACCUAUAAAAGUGGGAUGACAAAUUACAAACUUCGGGACAUUUCAAGUGGUCUUUGUUUACCACAACCUCGAACCAAUAACAUGAAAAAUAGUUUCAUGUAUAACGGUGUUCACUUAUGGAACUCUAUUCCAAAUGAAAUUAGGGAAAGCAAAUCCCUGUCAUGUUUUCAAAAUAAAAUUGUUACUCACAUUCUUUAACUAAAACAAGAUCCUAAGAAACUGAAAACCUAAAAAAAACUUGUAAAUAUAUACAUGACUUACUUAUAGUUUAUAUAACUUAGUCGAUACUAUAGAUUGUAAAUAGCUUUAAAUACUAUAUUUUUGUAAUUCCUUUUUACACGCUCCCUAUGGAAAUCAGCCUCGGUUGACAGGGUUAGCGUGGAUAAAUAAAGUUUUCUAUCUAUCUAGAUCUGUCUAACUUUAGUACACUAAUCGUAAACCUUGUGUACUAAUCGUAAACCAAACUUGUAUUUAAUGCAAUCAUACCGUAAACCUCCGAGUAUAAGCCCUGGGCUUAUAUACUUUCGUAAGCGAUUUUUGAUGGGCUUAUACAGGGGGGGGGGCUUAUAUACGGGUGGGCUUAUACAUGGACGAUCUUUUGUGUUAGUAAUAAACAAGUCAGACAUAAACAAGUCAGUCAUAAACAGGGAAAUAAACGUGUAUUAAGCAGCGAUUACUGGGCUUGUAUUAAUUGGGGGACUUAUAUUCGGGGGGCUUAUAUUCGAGUGGGCUUAUAUUCGGGGGGGGGGCUUAUAUUUGGAAUGAGGUGAGCGCAUUGAACUAUAAAUAAACUGGAAGGCUAACUGCUAUGAUGAAGGCCUAUGAUUUGAUGAAGCCAAAAUAGUUUUUCUGAGUUAUGAGCAGAAAUACUUGACCUCAAACGUCGAGCUAUAUAUCAAAUUGAAGCUAUUGAAAAUUGCUAUUCGGUGUGGAAAUUUCAAGACUUCAGCGAAAAGAAAAAUAUUUAAAAAAUACAAAAACAACUGCAAAACGGCAAAUUAUCGGUAAUUAUGUUUUUAGUUUUUCAAUAUUUCCCUUUUAGCUAAAGUCUUGAAAUUUCUACACCAAAUAGCGUUUUUCAAUAGCUUCAAUUUGAUAUAUAGCCCAACGUUCAGUGUUGAGUAUUUCUGCUCAUAACUCAGAAAAACUAAAAUGCACUGGCUUCAAUCCCCCCCCCCUGAGUUAGCCUUCCAGUUUAUUUAUAGUUCAAUGGGUGAGCGUCAGUGCAUGUGGUGGGCUUAUACACGGGGGGGGCUUAUAUUCGGGGGGGGCUUAUAGUCGGAGGUUUACGGUAUUCAUGACAGUUGCGAAUACUUUUACUGUCCAUAUAUGGUCAGAUAGGAGCAGCGUCAGUGUUUCCACGUAGCGUAGUCGCAAUAAUGGCGAACAAUUGAAAUUUUAAUAUGUUUUGUUUGUGGAAACACAAUGCACGUAAAUUUAUUACUGCAAAGCUUUCGAUCUGUAAGCCCGGAUCUUCAUCUUCUUCAAUUUAAAUUUUAUUAACAAAAACAUGGCCAAUUUCGCAUUGCAGAUGGGAGAAACAAACAAGAAAAUACAGAUAAUGAAAUGAUUGCCCUAUUUUUAGUAGUACAGGAUAUGUGAUAAUUUCUAUCCGUUCAUACUUUUGUAGGCGGUACAGUACACACAUCGUCACCAGCUGCAGUUUUUCAAGGAAUCAAAUAA